UCUGUCAAGGAUGUUGAUCUCUUUGAGUUAAUGUUUGAUAUGCUACCAGAGAUAUAGACAGAAAAUUGCACUGAUUUUAUUCUCUUUACCACAGUGACUUUCUGUGGAGCAGACCUCUACUGUUAACCCACCUGAGCUCAGUUUUCAGCUCCACAGCUGCCCUGUGCCUCUUCUUCAUACUGACUAGUGUUUGUGUUAGCGUUGACCUACCUGCAACACUUAGAAAGAAAGAGUUUAUUUCAGUUGUUAGUUCAUUUUUUGAGAGCAUCAUGUAUAACUGGGAGAGAGUGCUGCAUCUUCUGUGGCACCACAGGAACUAUAUCAUCAUAAUCGUCACGCCGCUUGUAUUCCUUCCUCUGCCUCUCGUCUAUCCUUCAUCGGAAGCCAGAUGUGGCUACGCGAUCAUCCUCAUGGCUCUGUACUGGUGCACAGAGUGCAUGCCUCUGGCUGUGACUGCCUUACUGCCAGUCAUCCUCUUUCCUAUGAUGGGCAUCAUGAAGGGUGGAGAUGUCAGUAUUGAGUAUCUGAAAGACUCGAACAUGCUGUUCAUCGGAGGUCUGCUGGUGGCCAUCGCGGUCGAACACUGGAACCUCCAUAAACGAAUCGCUCUCCGGGUUUUGCUGCUGGUUGGUGUUCGUCCAUCGCUGUUAAUGAUUGGCUUCAUGAGCGUCUCGGCAUUCCUGUCCAUGUGGAUCAGCAACACAGCCACCACAGCCAUGAUGCUACCCAUUGCACACGCUGUGCUACAGCAGUUGAAAGAUACAGAGACCCAGGCAAAUGAGCGUGAUCUCCAGACCCAAGAUGCGGACAACCACGCAUUUGAGCUGGAAGUUCAAACCAAGCUGGAGACGAUAAACGAAAGAGACACACAGGAUCCUGUGUAUGUACAUGACACACAGCGAGAGUUCAGAGAAAAAGCCAUAGAAGCGAAGUAUGACCUUCUGACCAAAGGGAUGAGUCUUAGUGUGUGUUACUCUGCCAGCAUUGGAGGCACGGCCACACUCACAGGGACCACGCCUAAUCUCAUCCUCAAGGGCCAAAUGGACGAGAUCUUCCCUAACAAUACUGACGUGAUCAACUUUGCCAGCUGGUUUGGCUUUUGUUUUCCCAGCAUGGUGCUCAUGCUGGUGCUCGCCUGGUUCUGGCUUCAUUUUAUGUUCCUGGGCUUCAAUUUGAAGAAGUCAUUUGGCUGUGGUGAGAAAAGUGAAAGCGACAGAGCGGCAUACACAGUGAUGAAAGUGGAGUACAAGAAGCUGGGACGUAUCAAGUUUGCAGAGGUGGCGGUGCUCGUCCUCUUUAUCUUGCUCGUGCUUCUGUGGUUUACCAGAGAGCCGGGCUUCAUGCCUGGCUGGGCCACAGUGCUGUUCAAUAAGGACGCUGCGUUUGUGACAGACGGAACGGUUGCCAUCCUAAUGUCAUCGCUCUUCUUCGUCAUCCCCUCUCAGCUGCCGUUUAGCAAUUACGGAUACACAAAUGAAGGUAAGAGGAUAAAGGCUCCACCGGCUCUGUUGACCUGGAAUGUGGUUCAUGAACGAAUGCCCUGGAAUAUAGUGCUGCUGUUGGGAGGAGGUUUUGCUCUUGCUGCUGGCAGUGAGGCAUCAAAUCUAUCCAAGUGGUUGGGAGAAAACCUGUCACCUCUUCAGAAUAUUCCCCCCUUUGCUAUCUCACUGGUGCUUUCCCUACUUAUUGCCACAUUCACCGAGUGCUCCAGUAACACAGCUACCACCACCCUGUUCCUGCCCAUACUGGCGUCAAUGGCCCAAAAUAUUAAGCUCCACCCACUCUAUGUGAUGCUGCCCUGCACUAUUGCUGCCUCUCUGGCCUUCAUGCUACCUGUGGCCACACCACCCAAUGCCAUUGCCUUUUCUUUUGGAAACCUCAAAGUCCUAGAUAUGCUCAUCCAUAAGUAA